CUGGACCUCUGAUGAGCCCUAAGUUUCCAGUAGCACUUGAGCCCGGCUGCUGCUCCAGACAGAGGGAAAUCAGUCAGGAGAGAAGAAAAGAAGAAGAAGAAGAAGAAAAAAAGUUUAGAAAUAGCACCAGCUAAACAAUUUUGAAAAAAAUCUGAAUAUUUACGUUCAGGUUAUUUUGUGCUAAAUUUAUAAUUAAGGGCCUCUUUGAGUUGAAAAAAAAAGAAAGAAAAUGCUGAGUCUGCUUUCCACCACCUUACUGUCCUUGACCCUGGUAUGUGGUGUGUACAGCGAUGAACAGAACGCAACGCAAGCUUUUGCCAGCGCUGGGGCCAACGUCACCCUGCCAUGCCGUCUCAAUGGCGACUCAGAGUUGACGCCAUUCGCCAACAUCGGUAUUAGGGUCAAGUGGAGCCGGGUGCCUGAGGACGAGACUUUGGACGAAGAGGAGAUCCUGGUGUCACUGGGUAUCCACACUAAGAGCUUUGGGGAGUACAACGGCCGCGCCUUCCUGCAGGGCGCUGAUGAGAAAGACGCCUCAUUAACGAUCAUGGACGUCACCGCGAGCGACAGCGGUCGAUUCCGAUGCGAGGUGUUCAGGGGAAUGGAAGAAGUCAUCCACGAUGUUACCCUGUUGGUGGAAGCUGACCCCAUAAAUGGUGUAGUAUUCCCAUACUCCCCCCGCCUGGGCCGCUACAACCUGAACUUCCACGACGCAGAGCAGGCCUGCUUGAGCCAGCACUCGACGGUGGCCACCUUCGACCAGCUCUUCCAGGCGUGGAGGGGCGGCUUUGACUGGUGCAACGCCGGCUGGCUGAACGACGGCACCGUCCAGUACCCGGUCACCAAGCCCCGCGAGCCCUGUGGCGGAUCCGGCAGCGAUGCCGGCCUCCGGUCGUACGGCCAGCGCGACAAGUCCAAGAGCCGCUACGACGUUUUCUGCUUCAAACCUGUGCUUGAAGGGACCUUCUAUUGGCUGGAGCAGCCCGAGAGGCUGACCUUUGAUGAGGCUGUGCAGGCUUGCUUGGACGACAACGCAGAGAUCGCCACGGUUGGCCACAUGUACGCCGCAUGGAAGCUCCACGGCUACGACCGGUGUGACGCUGGCUGGCUGGCCGACAGCAGCGUCCGCUACCCCAUCUCCAGACCCCGCAAGAACUGCAGCGCAGGGGAGGCCGCCGUGCGCUUCUUGGGCUUCCCGGACAAGAAGCAGAAGCUCUACGGCGUGUACUGCUUCAAGCCACAGGAGCACUGAAGCCGCCGGGGGCCGUAGAAAUUAAGGAAGUGUUAGCCACCAAAGAGGAAUUACCACAAUGAGUACAAAAAUAUCAGCAUUAAAGCUGAAUGUUAAUUGUGGGAUUUUAACAAGCAUGAAUUAGCAUGAACUCAUUUCCUUUUUCUGAAACUGUGAUUAUUUUUUUUUAUCUGAAUCUUUCAAAACUAAUAAAUAUCGUCAGUUUUUAUCCAGCAGUUAUUACAUUUACAUUUUGUAGUUUUGCAAGUGUAUUAAUUUCUCAGACCUUUCAGCAAUACAGUAUACAAAGUAAACACAAAAUAUGGUUCAGAAACUCCUCAGAAAGAUUUGUCCCUCGUAGAAAGAUUGACUAUGAACAAAGAUAUCUAGAGCAGAUAAGAUACAAUGUAGAUGUUCAUUGUAAACAUCUACAUUGUAACUUAUUUGCUCUAAAUAUCUAAAUGUGUUGUUCAUUGCUAAAUGAUGUAACAAAGUUCAACAUGACUUCACAGUUUCAGUUAUAUAUAACUUUUCUUACUGUUAACUGCAUUACUUUAACUGUACUCACUCUCUCCCACUAAUGUUGUUUCCUCUACUUUUGAAAAUGCAAAAGUCCUUUUUUUUGUGAUGUGAUGAGAAAAUGAAUGUAAGUGAGUGGACUGGUACUUUUUGACUGCAGUCUCCGGUAAUACCUGUUGAUGUGUAAAAGCUAUGGAAAACCUGUUUCAGUGGUUCAAAUAUAUUGUGUUGUUCAUUUGUGUACUGCAUGUGGGAGGUUGGUUUUGUGUUCAUCACAAAUUGGUUUGAAUGUGUUUCAGCUGUUAGCUUGUUCAGUUGGGUGUAGACCAAAAAAUACGACAAAAUGUCCUAAUACUUAUGGGUACAUGUGCUGCUAACACAUGCUAGUGCUCACAUUUAGACUGCAAUUUCUUUAACACAAUUGUUAGUGACAUAGCACUGAUUUAAGGAUGUACUCUUGUCUUACUUUCCAAAGCCAAGACCCAAAGAUUAAGGAAUUAGGCUAAUGAUAGGCUAAAUUAUAACAACAUUAACUUCUAGCCUGGCAAUUUCCUUCCUGCUGGUUCAUGUUUAACUAAAGGAAACGGUUUUGUUAGGUUGUAUUCACAAUGUAAAUUACCUUUCGAUCUGCAACGGCUCUUGAAAUUAAAAAAAUAAAGUUUUUAAAUAAGAUA